AUGGGUAGUAGUAACACGGUGCAUGUUUCUGGGUUCCCUCGUGACACCCGUGCCAGGGAUAUGGUGCCAGACUUUGAGUCUAUUGGGAAGAUAGUGCGCAUUGACAUACCUCCAAUGAGGCCGUUCCAAGACCGGCCGUAUGCAUUUGUUCAAUUUGAAACGUCGGAGGAAUGUGAACGGGCAAUUGACAUAUUGGAUGGGAGGCCAUUUUCUAGUGAUUCGCGGUUUACCUACCACGUACAACUUGCGAGGUCGAGGCCCUAUCCUUCUGGAUACAACGGUAAUGGCGACAGGGGCGGUAAGUAUGGUUUGGGGGGACCUUCAAGCCGGGGAGGGAUACUUAGUGGUGGAUACAAGGGCAGGGAUUAUAGGGAUCAGGAUCCUCGGGACUUCCGAACUGGUACCCUGUCUAGAGGCGUCCCCGGGGCGUAUCGUUUGGAUGGUGAGAGAGGAUAUAAAUUCAGAGAGCCCAGAGAAUACCGUGAUAGGGAGCCUCUAAGGGCCUAUGAAAGUGUGCGGCCUUCAUACCAGGAUCAGGAAGACGAGGAAAACUCUGCAGCUGUUUCGUCAGAUGACUAUAUCCCUCCUGCUGAAGAAGGAAACAGUGACUAUCAGUCGCAAGAUAUUACUGUUGCUGCGGACGACCAAACGGCCUCUGGCUACCUACAGCCUGCCGAUCCCGACCACCAUGCCAGUGCCGCCAGCAGCAGCGCUCAUAAUACAUAUAAUGACAAUCAUGAUAACGAUGAAAACGAUGACAACAACGGCGAUGCCACCGCUGCCGCUAAUAUUGCCGCCGCUAGCACUGCUGCGACAGGCGAGAACAGCCAGCCGAAAGAAUUGGCUUCCCGUGAACAACUGGCUCCUCCAGAAAAAAUCCCUGCCAUCCGAACCGGAAAACCUUUCCAACGAAGGCAAGAAUCACAACACACCCUCACCGUACCCUUCAGAAGAUACCGAGCAGAGCGCCGCGCUAGAAUAAACCGUUCAAAAUAUUAG